GCUGUGGUAUGUAGCGCUGCACAAGGCGGAAGUGAAGCAUGUAAAUCAGUAGCGUGUUGAGGGCGACAUGUAAAGAAGCGAAUCUAAAGGUCUGACAUACUGUCGACAUUUUGUUGUUUUAUUCGUUGCUAGACAACAACAUUUAGUCAGAAUGGUUUGGUUUACUUGCGUGACGAUGUUUUUGUUGAGCGUGUUGGUCGAAGGAGCGGAGAAGAAAGAGGGAGAUGAUGAAUGGGUGAAUCUCCCCAACAAAUGUGAAGUGUGUAAGUUUGUGAGUAUCGAGAUGAAGUCUGCCUUUGACGAGACGGGGAAAACCAAGGAAGUCAUUGAGAGGAACUACCGUUUCCUUGACGACAACAAGGGAGCUCCGCCAAUCAAAUAUGUCAAGUCAGACAUCCGUUUCAUUGAGGUUGUGGAGAAUGUGUGUCAGAGGCUCUCUGGCUACAACCUGCACAAGGAGAGGGAGGGCAGCAACCGCUUUGCCAAGGGUAUGUCUGAGACCUUCUCUACCCUCCAUGGGCUGGUCCAUAAGGGGGUAAAGGUCGUGAUGGACAUCCCCUAUGAGCUCUGGAACGAAACCUCCGCAGAGGUCGCCGAUCUCAAGAAGCAGUGUGAUGUAAUGAUAGAGCAGUAUGAGGAGGUUAUAGAGGACUGGUACAAAGGCAGUCAGGAGGAAGACCUCACCACCUACCUCUGUGAGAACCACGUUCUGAAGGGACAGGACACCGCCUGCCUGAAAGAGGAGUACUCAAAGAAGGGAGACGUGGCAGCCAUCGCCGAGGAGAAGAAGAAGAAAAAAAAAGAAGGGAGUAGGAAAAAAGAAGAGCAAAGACGCGGGAGGAAGUGACGGAGGCAGCCAGGAAGGAGAGGCAGCCAGGAAGACCGUGAAUAAAAAGGGAAAGGCGGUGUCACCGGAGAAGGAGAGAGAGGGGGUCUCGUCUGACGAAGACAUCCAGCUAAAGGUGGCUCUGCCUGGGAAGAACACGGAGCUGUGAGACCCUGGAUGGAUGUAGGGACGGAACCUUGUCUUGCGUCCCAAACGGCACUCUAUUCCCUAUCUUUGGCCCCUAUGAGCCCUGGUCUAAAGUAGUGCACUAAAUGGGGAAUAGGGUGCCGUUUGGGACGCUGGGCGACUGAGGGGUUGGAACGGCGGCAUACCGGACCCGUCUUCCCACUUCCUCUCCAUUUUUAGCUUGAGGUGAUUUUGAAUUUGCCUCUUCCUCCUUCUCCUCUUCCUCCCAUCUUUGAUUUUCCAUCAUCAUCAUCAUCAUUCCAUAUUUUCUCCUGUUAGCUGUUCUAAACCUUUGGUGGUCAGUCUUAUUAGUCUGGAUGGAACUGUCAGUAUUGAAGUAUCGACCAGGCUACUGUAUAUCGUCCUUCUGGAUGGAACUGUCAGUAUUGACAAUAGUUCUGAACCUGUGGUCCUUCUGGAUGGUUGUUGAACUAUCAGUAUUGAAGUAUCGACCAGGCUACAGUGUGUAUUUAUAUAUGUAUGUGUAUAUAUGUGUGUGUGUGUAUGUAUGUAUGUAUGUAUAUAUAUAUAUAUAUAUAUAUAUAUAAUGUAUGGUUGUGUGUUCAUGUUUAACAUUCUUGUUGCUUUUGUUACAUGUGUGUUCAUUGGAUUUUUCUAUACAAAUAAAAAUAUGCUUUUUCAAUGGCGCCAUCUCCCUGCUCUCAACUGAAAGGAGUUUUUUUUUUUUUUUACGUUUUAUUUAUAAUUUUAACAUAGAACCAACCGGUCAUGAAGCGAAUCAAUAUAUUGGUACGAUAUGUAUCAACCAGAAUGUUUAGACUUUUUAUCAAAUGUGAAAUGUUUUAAAAGAUAUUUAAAUUGAAUGUAGUUAUUUAUGAGUUAUUUGAGCCUCUUUUUUUGUUUGAGUUAUUGUCGUUGUAGACGACUAGAUUUCAGUUUCUGGACUUUCUGUUGUUUUGAAGAGUUGUGUUGUCUCAGGUGUACGAAGCUGCUAUUGAUAGAGAGAGAGAGAGAGAGAGCCUGUGUGUUUUUUAAGACUGGUCGUGUGUGUGUGUGUGUGUGCAACUGGGCCUAAGUAACUGAAGUGUUACCAGUCAAAACGUCAAGGUGUUUCAAUAAAACUACUGAUGUUGAAAACCUU